GCGUAAGAAGAUUGAUAUUGUAAAGUUAAGAACAGAUAUAUCCAAACUGCUUAAUAGAACUAUAAGUGUGCUGUAUAAACAAAUAACAAGCAUCAUAUCGUAUGUAUAAUAGACCUAGCGCUAGCACCUUUUAGCAAACCUCCAAGCUACAAAAUACGGGAGGAUCGCCUUGAAAGCUCAUUAGAUGCGUCAACUUUCCUCAACGUGAAUGGUAUUGUUCCUAAAUGCAUUAUGGGAAGACCUUCUGGAAGCGACAUUGACGACGGAGAGUCACGGCGGUCCUCCUAUAAUCGACGGGGAGGAGUGCACAUAGACAGUGUGCCUCUUUCGUUCUCCCGUCCACAUUCGUCAAAAUCAGAGUCGUAUAGCCCAAACGGAACUACAUACUUCCAACACCCAUGUGGCUAUCACGGUAAUGAUUCAGACGAUCACCAUGGAAAGGCCGACGAAGAUCGACCAAUAACGCGGUUCAAGUCAUCAUCAAGGUCGGGAGGUAAAGCCCCAGGAGGGAGUCGUCCAGUCACUCCCGCCCCAACAACCUCCAAAGAGGAGACCACCACGGCUAUUAACGCAGAGUUGAAAGUCUCGCUCGCUGCCAGACAGUUGGCAUUUCAGAUCAAAGAGAGUAAGAGAUUCUGGAUCGCAUUUCAGAACGAGUUCGAAGCAGAAGUGAAGGCGGUCAAGUAUUACGUCAACGAUGAUGUCCUUCAGCGAAUAUGGCAGAAGAGAACCGAACACAACAGCAAGUACAAGAAUGGUGAAAACCAAGAUGACGAACAGUUCACCAUUCAGAAGAUGAAACUGGAGACAUGCCUGGAUCAAGCCAAAGAGGCUGCAAAGGCAUUCAUUCAAUCUCAUCCGCUGGGCAGCCCCUCUGAUCACGAUCCUCGGCACCUCGCCUUAGAGAAGAUUCAGGUAACUGGAGAUCGCGUUCUACUGUUGGCUGGGAAGUCCAUGUUUAGUAAUGUUGCUUGUGCAGAUCUGGUCACGCAGGCGUCGGACUUGGAGAAGCUGGUAGACGCGAGAAAUCCAGAUGCCAAGGUCCUACAUCGAUUUGAUAAGAGGGAGACUAUGAAGAUCUCAUGCGAAGGCGAAGAUAACGGUCCGGUCACAGCUGAACCAACAUAUCAGGAGCAGGAAAUACCCGAUCAAGAGACAUAUGGGGAUGGUAAUGAUGAUGAGGGCCCGAGUGUUACGUUAGGAUAGACCUAGACGAAUAGCUGAAAGGCUUCUUAAUCUCAAUUCUGUUGAGGCGAUUAUUUCACAAUCAUAAUAUGACGUAUCGUUAGCAGUAUCCUCAACUUGGGGGAAUGCGACAUUAGCAUUAGCAUUAGUACAAGACUAACCUUGAAGAAAAAGAUAGUGAAGCAUCGCCCUCACCAGAGUAAUCGGAAUCGAAUUGUAGGCGUCCGUUCCCCGAAAGAAACAGACAAUCCCACGCCGCGUAUCGCACUCAAGUGUUCUCACACACAAUCUCCGCAACGGCUCUCCCAUAGGAACCACAACUCCCCCGUCUUCUCCUUGCGGAUAUACACGGGGCGAAGGGCCCUGCGUCUCUGAUGCCAGUAUUGCAGACGUGUAAUAAUAAAACCAUCACGCCAGACCCUCGCGGGCAGACCUGUCGAUCCCGCAGCUAGGCGGGCGACGAGGUGGUGAUGAAGAAUACUCCGAAUUUCUCAUGAGCGGGGGAAUAUCGGUCUGAAGACAGAAACCCGAUGAGAAGCAGCUCGCGCGGCUUCUCUGUUUUGUAGCUCAGAAACGCAGCGUUGGUGAGGG